GGGAGCUUCCUCUUCACAUCUCCCCAUGUCUUACCUUCCUUCAUAAAACACUACCAUCUUCCCCAUUCUAUACCCACAUCACCCUCGCCACCCCUCAUUUCGUCAUGGAAGCAAGUGCAGGACUUGUCGCCGGUUCCCACAACCGCAACGAGCUGGUCGUAAUUCAUGGCCACGAAGAGCCCAAGCCUUUGAAGAAUCUGGAUGGUCAGGUUUGUGAGAUUUGCGGGGAUGACAUUGGCCUGACUGUGGAUGGAGAUCUUUUUGUGGCCUGUAAUGAGUGUGGCUUUCCGGUUUGUAGGCCCUGCUAUGAGUAUGAAAGAAGGGAAGGAACUCAGCAUUGCCCUCAAUGCAAAACUAGAUACAAGCGUCUUAAAGGGAGCCCUAGGGUGGAGGGAGAUGAAGAUGAAGAGGAUGUGGAUGAUAUUGAGGACGAAUUUAAGAUUGAUGAUGAGCAGAACAAGCACAUGCAUCUUGCAGAAGCCAUGCUUCAUGGUAAGAUGAGCUAUGGAAGAGGCCCUGAAGAUGACGAAAAUGCUCAAUUCCCACCAGUUAUAACCGGCGGUAGAUCCAGACCAGUAAGUGGUGAGUUUCCAGUUGGAGGGGCUCAUGCUUAUGGAGAGCAGAUAUCGUCUUCUCUUCAUAAACGAGUGCAUCCAUAUCCCAUGUCAGAAUCUGGAAAUGCAAGAUGGGACGAAAAGAAAGAAGGAGGCUGGAAAGAGAGGACAGAUGACUGGAAAAUGCAGCAAGGGAACCUUGGCCCUGAACCAGACGAUGCCAAUGAUCCUGACAUGGCCUUGAUUGAUGAAGCUAGGCAGCCAUUGGCAAGGAAAGUUCCAAUUGCAUCUAGCAAGAUCAAUCCUUAUCGUAUGCUGAUUGUGGCUCGACUAGUUAUUCUUGCUUUCUUCCUCCGGUAUAGAAUUUUGAACCCCGUGCAUGAUGCAAUUGGGCUCUGGCUGACUUCUAUUAUCUGUGAAAUCUGGUUUGCAUUUUCAUGGAUCCUUGAUCAGUUCCCCAAAUGGUUCCCUAUUGAUCGUGAAACAUACCUUGAUCGCCUUUCCCUCAGGUAUGAGAGGGAAGGGGAGCCAAAUAUGCUUGCUCCAGUGGAUAUAUUUGUCAGUACAGUCGAUCCUACAAAGGAACCUCCUCUUGUUACAUCAAACACAGUAUUAUCAAUCUUGGCCAUGGACUACCCAGUGGAUAAAAUCUCAUGCUACGUCUCUGAUGAUGGUGCUGCCAUGUUAACCUUUGAGGCUUUAUCUGAAACUGCAGAAUUUGCUCGAAAAUGGGUACCUUUCUGCAAGAAGUUCUCCAUAGAGCCUCGAGCCCCAGAAUGGUACUUCACCUUAAAGAUUGAUUAUCUCAAGGACAAAGUCCAACCGACAUUUGUUAAGGAGCGCCGUGCCAUGAAGAGAGAAUAUGAAGAAUUCAAGGUUAGGAUAAAUGCACUUGUAGCAAAAUCCCAAAAGGUUCCUCCAGGUGGUUGGAUCAUGCAAGAUGGGACCCCAUGGCCAGGAAACAAUACUAAGGAUCACCCUGGGAUGAUUCAAGUGUUCCUUGGUCACAGUGGAGGCGUUGAUGCUGAAGGAAAUGAGUUGCCUCGCCUCGUUUAUGUAUCUCGUGAGAAAAGACCUGGUUUUCAGCAUCACAAGAAAGCCGGUGCCAUGAAUGCCUUAAUUCGUGUUUCUGCAGUGCUUACAAACGCUCCAUUUAUGCUGAACUUGGACUGUGACCAUUAUGUGAAUAAUAGCAAGGCUGUGAGAGAGGCCAUGUGUUUCUUGAUGGACCCCCAAAUCGGAAAGAGAGUCUGCUACGUCCAAUUCCCUCAAAGAUUUGAUGGAAUUGAUAGACAUGAUCGCUAUGCCAACAGAAACACUGUCUUCUUUGAUAUUAAUAUGAAAGGUUUAGAUGGUAUUCAGGGUCCUGUGUAUGUCGGCACAGGAUGUGUCUUUAGAAGACAAGCAUUAUAUGGCUAUGAACCUCCAAAGGAAGCGAAACGCCCUAAGAUGGUAAGCUGUGAUUGCUGCCCUUGCUUUGGACGUCGCAAAAAGGAUAGGAAACACUCUGAACAUGCUGGAGAUGGUGCAAGCAAUGGUGUAGAUGAUGAUAGGGAGUUAUUGAUGUCCCAAAUGAACUUUGAGAAGAAAUUUGGGCAGUCAGCCAUCUUUGUGACUUCUACUUUGAUGGAAGAAGGUGGCGUCCCUCCUUCCUCAAGCCCUGCAGCCUUGCUAAAAGAAGCCAUUCAUGUAAUUAGCUGCGGUUAUGAGGACAAAACUGAAUGGGGUUCUGAGCUUGGCUGGAUUUAUGGCUCAAUUACGGAGGAUAUCUUAACAGGCUUCAAGAUGCAUUGCCGUGGUUGGAGGUCUAUCUACUGUAUGCCAAAGAUACCUGCAUUUAAGGGUUCAGCUCCUAUCAACCUGUCAGACCGUCUCAAUCAAGUGCUCAGGUGGGCACUUGGCUCUGUCGAGAUCUUCUUCAGUCGCCAUUGCCCUGCCUGGUAUGGCUUCAAGGGAGGAAAUCUCAAGUGGCUCGAAAGAUUUGCCUAUGUUAACACAACUAUCUAUCCCUUCACCUCCUUACCUCUCCUCGCCUACUGUACUCUUCCAGCAAUCUGCUUGCUCACAGAUAAAUUCAUCAUGCCACCAAUAAGCACCUUUGCGAGUUUAUUGUUCAUUGCUCUCUUCCUUUCAAUCUUUGCAACGGGAAUUCUUGAGCUAAGGUGGAGUGGAGUGAGCAUCGAAGAAUGGUGGAGGAAUGAGCAAUUCUGGGUCAUCGGUGGCAUUUCAGCCCACCUGUUUGCGGUGGUACAGGGUCUUCUAAAGAUUUUAGCUGGAAUUGACACCAAUUUCACUGUGACAUCGAAGGCAUCAGAUGAUGAAGAGUUUGGAGAAUUGUACACCUUCAAAUGGACAACUCUACUGAUUCCUCCAACCACUGUCCUGGUUAUCAACCUGGUAGGAGUUGUGGCCGGUGUUUCUGAUGCCAUAAACAAUGGAUACCAAUCAUGGGGACCUCUUUUUGGAAAGCUAUUCUUCUCCUUCUGGGUGAUUCUCCAUCUCUAUCCAUUCCUCAAAGGGCUGAUGGGGAGACAGAACCGGACACCCACCAUUGUUGUCAUAUGGUCAGUGCUAUUGGCUUCAAUCUUCUCCUUGCUUUGGGUCCGAAUCGAUCCAUUUGUAAUGAAAACUAAAGGACCAGCCACCGAGCAAUGCGGAAUCAACUGUUGAAGUAUUAGUUUUCAGUCUUUCUUCUCUUAUUGUGUUCUUCUCCAUAUUUUACAUGGUAUGUGGUGUAUGAACAGGCAAAAUGGAGAUGCAGAAGAAGAAAUAAACUUAAGACUAAAAAUUUUUGUGCAGUAACGUAUGCAUUCUAGCCAGUUUUGUAAUUGGAUUGAAGCUAGUGGUUUCAACUUUCAAGAACAUGUUGCAUAUAUUAAAAUCAAAAUCCAUAUCUCAU